GGGGAUUUAUUUGGAAUUCUACCUUCAGCCGGAGAAGUUUGAGGUGUUUAGUUGGUCCUGUGGCUGGAGUUCCGGCGCUCCUCUUUAUACUUUUACACAACGUACGCUGUUUAUUCAGGGAGUUCGUUAUUUUUAAUUAUUAUUUAUUCUCAACCGUGAAUAAAAAGGUUUAUUUUUAGUUGUUUGUCGCUUAGCUGAGUGGUGGUUAGUGCAGUUAGCUAGCUUAGCGCUUAGCUUAGCUUAGCGCUCGCUUCCGGCGCUGAGGAUGCCGACUGUGCGGGACAGCAGCGCGAGCCACCCGGGCGAACAUCCUCACCAGGUCCGGGUCAAGGCCUACUACCGCGGGGACAUCAUGAUCACGCACUUUGAGCCAUCCAUCUCGUAUGAGGGUCUGUACAGUGAGGUGAAGGACAUGUGCUCUCUGGACAAUGACCAGCUCUUCACCAUGAAGUGGAUUGACGAAGAAGGAGACCCGUGCACCGUGUCGUCUCAGCUGGAGCUGGAAGAAGCUCUCCGUCUCUACGAACUGAACAAAGACUCAGAGCUCAUCAUUCACGUGUUUCCAUGUGUCCCGGAGAAACCUGGGAUGCCAUGUCCAGGAGAGGACAAGUCGAUUUAUCGGCGUGGAGCUCGACGCUGGAGGAAACUCUACUAUGCUAAUGGACACGCUUUCCAGGCCAAACGCUUCAACAGGCGUGCUCACUGUGCUAUCUGCACUGACCGGAUCUGGGGUCUCGGCCGCCAGGGCUACAAGUGCAUCAGCUGCAAGCUGCUCGUUCACAAGAAGUGUCACAAACUCGUCACAGUGGAGUGCGGCAGACAGAUACAGGAACCAUUGAUGGAGCGAGUAGAUCAAGUGCCGCACCCGUCCGAACACCCGGAGCCAGUUCUCCCUCAUAAGAACUCCAGUGAGAGCAUCAACCACAUGGGAGAGGAGCAGGAGGCGGUGAGCAGCAGGGACCCAGGUAAAGCCCCUUCCAGUCUGGGUCUGUCCGAUUUUGACUUACUCAGGGUGAUUGGCCGAGGAAGCUACGCUAAAGUCCUGCUUGUGCGCCUCAAAAAGACCGAGCGCAUCUACGCUAUGAAGGUCGUCAAAAAGGAGCUCGUUAACGACGAUGAGGACAUAGACUGGGUCCAGACAGAGAAGCAUGUAUUUGAGCAGGCCUCUAAUCACCCGUUUCUGGUGGGCCUUCACUCCUGCUUCCAGACUGAGAGCAGACUGUUCUUUGUGAUUGAGUAUGUGAAUGGAGGAGACCUGAUGUUCCACAUGCAGCGACAGAGGAAGCUUCCAGAAGAACACGCCAGGUUCUACUCAGCUGAGAUCAGUCUGGCUCUGAACUACCUGCAUGAGCGAGGCAUCAUCUACAGAGACCUGAAACUGGACAACGUCCUGCUGGAGUCUGAAGGACACAUCAAACUCACUGACUACGGCAUGUGCAAGGAGGGUCUGAGGCCUGGAGACACCACCAGCACGUUCUGUGGGACACCGAACUACAUUGCCCCUGAAAUCCUGAGAGGAGAGGACUAUGGGUUCAGUGUGGACUGGUGGGCGUUGGGGGUGCUGAUGUUCGAGAUGAUGGCGGGCAGGUCUCCUUUCGACAUCGUGGGCAGCUCUGACAAUCCAGACCAGAACACGGAGGACUAUUUAUUCCAGGUGAUCUUGGAGAAGCAGAUCAGGAUUCCCAGGUCUUUGUCAGUGAAGGCAGCCAGUGUACUAAAGGGGUUCCUCAACAAGGACCCUAAGGAGCGUCUGGGUUGUCAUCCUCAGACAGGUUUUGCUGACAUUAUGGCUCAUCCUUUCUUUCGAAAUGUAGACUGGGACCUGAUGGAACAGAAGCAAGUGGUUCCUCCCUUCAAACCCAAUAUCUCUGGCGAAUUUGGACUUGAUAACUUUGAUGCACAGUUCACCAACGAGCCCAUCCAGCUCACCCCCGAUGAUGAUGACGUGGUGAAAAAGAUUGACCAGUCAGAGUUUGAAGGCUUCGAGUACAUCAAUCCACUGCUGAUGUCAGCGGAGGAGUGUGUGUAAGAAGAGUGUGUGUUCUUACACGCUCAUUCGACACCCGAGACAGACGGGGACUGUCCAUCUGUGUGCGCGCGCGUGGACAUGCGUGCACGUGUGGAUCUACAACUGUUAUUACCAAAUCGUUGUUUUUUUUUAAAUCCACAGAUCCGCUCCUCACACUCCAUCUGUCUCACUCUCUCUCCUGAUCGGGCUCCCUCUGACGGUCUCAUUCUACUGGACUUCGGACACUAAUGACCAAAUUACACACUACGUGUGUGUACAUGCGCGCACACACCACACAUGUACACAGAACAUGUAUUAACAAGUCCAUCCUUCAGCUGAUUAUUCAUUCCUCACACACUACCUGCUACAUACUACUCUACUCUCAUUCUUGUGUGUGUGUGUGUGUGUGUGUGUGUGUGUGUGUGUGUGUAAGAGCUCUGGCAUUCCCUCCUCUGUUUUUAGAUGAAAUGAAACACUAAUGGAAUUCCACUGUUCUUAUUCGGUUUUAUUAUUACCGUUGUUUGUUUGUUUUUUCCUGUUUCUCUGAUGAAGCUGUUAAAUGGGGAAAAAAAUCAGUUUUAAAUAAAACCACAUGGGAUAAUAACGAUGAUCAAGCACUUAUUACACUACUCCACAGUUCUGGAUUGUGAUUUGAUCAGGUGUUGAUCGAUUAUCAUUUAUUCUCCAGAGGUGAUCAGUGUGCACAAUUUCCUAUUUAUAUUUAUAUUAACUUACUAUAACGGCAGGUUUAUAUUAAUGCACUCGUUCUAGCAACAGCUCACUCACAGAGGCCUAUACAGCGAAUGCUCAACAUAAACAGGUUUAAAAUAAUUGUUGCUGAAGUUUUCUGUAAUUUGUGUAACAUUUCUGGAAGGAGUCUCCAGUGUCAGCAAUGUGUAACCAUCAGAACUUUUUUUUUCUUUUUAGGCUUUCUGACAUCUUCAGGACUGAGGAAGUAAUCGGAUGAAGUCAGCAUGUUGAAUACGCAAAGAUAGGGUUAGAAAUUAGUGCUCAGCUCUGUUUAUCUGAAUUCUAAGCCUCGUCCCUGAUCCCUAAACCCUGCGCAAUUUUAAAUGCUUAACUAAAUCAUGAUUUACUUAUUUUUUUGCCAGAAAAGAAUCAAAUAUUUUGGCAAUUUUGUUUCCAGACAGUAUAAACUGAACAUCCUAUACCAUAGAACAAACACACGCGUGCACACAUGACUGUAAGACUUGCUGUCUCACUAUCUAGUGCACUAAUAAGAAGCUACUGAUUAGCUAUAUUAGGGACGUUUCACUCCUAAAUCCUAUUCCGUUUCAGACAUGUAGCAGUAAAACUGUUUAAAAACAAAAGUCAGGUUCUGCAGGUUGCAUCUGAAUUGCACCCAAAGCUAAAUGCAGAUGUGUGUGUGUGUGUAUACACACACACACACACACACACACACACACACACUGUAGACUUAACAAAUGGUGCCUUAGCUUUGACCCAUGUGAGCUGAGGUCAUGUGACUGCACAGACCAGCAGGAGUCAGGAGGUCACAGUGGGAGACGCUGGGGUCAGGAGGUCAGUGCGAAUCUGUGAACUUUAAAGAAGUGUGUGUGUGUGUUGAGAGACGUGAAAACCUGACUGUAUAAAACACACCAUGGCUGUAAAUGUCACACUUGUUUGUGUUUGUUCUGUUCUUUAAAAAAAAAAGUGUUUCUUAAACAUGCAAUAAAACAAGAAUGCAAACUUGA